UUUAGUAUCCCCAUGACGUGCGCUUCGCGACAAAGCAUAUCAGCGUUGCGUCGAAUACUUGUUGGUCUAUAACUACAACUCAAAGAACCGAGAGGAAACAAACCGAAGAGCGCGGACGAACUUGUUAGUGAGCAUAAUGUUGGGAACCACAUUACUUCUUGUGAGAGUGAUUUAGACGGUUUGUUAAGCAAGUUCCUUCAUUGUUCGUGUUAAGCAUGGUGCGAGCUGUUUUGGCCUGCUGGCCUCUUGUAUUGUUUCUUGCAUUGUUUUGCUCGCGUGCAAGAGCUGAAAAUGAUAAACGAAUCUAUACCAACAAGAAGCCUGUCUACAAAAAACGUGGAGAAUGCGUUACCUUCAAGGCGUCACACUACUUUUCCCUGAAACCUGGAGCAUCGUACGCAUGGUAUAAGUACGCUGUACAACUACCACAAGGCACUACCAAUACUACAACCGUUAGCAAAAACACCUUGUCAAUCAGGAACGUGUUACCACGUGACACCGCACAGUACCAAGCGGAGGUGGAUACUAAGGGAGGGAGGGAGGUGACACGAUACUGGCUAACAGUGAAAGGCUGUGAAAUCAACGAAAGGAAGACUGCUUUUAGUGAUUGCAAAGUAGCAUGCGAAGAAAUGUGUCUAAAGGACUGGUCCUACUUUAACGGGAAGUGCUUCAGGUACUUCUCCGAGCCCAAGACAUGGGAGGAAGCGCACGGGUUCUGUCAGGGUAACGGUGCGAAACUGGCAACUAUCGACAACCAAGAGGAGAAUGAUUUCGUUGGCCAUCUACUCAAGUCUGGUGAAGGUGGUUGGAUAGGACUGAAUGACAAAUCACAAGAGGCGCAUUACAUCUGGAGCUACGAGAAGUACGCAAGACCGACCUUCUUCGCGUGGGAUAAGCAGGAGCCGAAUAACUUCAACAGCGGGUGCAACAAGGAAAACUGCGUGGAGCUCAAGUGGCGGACGAAGAGGUGGAAUGACGCCGUGUGUAACGCGCAAUUUCAGUUUGUUUGCGAGAUCUACUCAAAGCAAGAAAUUCCUGGGUGGAAGUGCAGAGACGACAAAUGCUACCAGUACAUUCGUGUUGAGAUGGUUUGGGAUUUGGCUCAGCUCGAGUGUAAGAAGAAAAACGCCACGUUAGUCACUAUUAGGAGCUACUCCGAGAAUGAGUUCGUGGCAUCCAUGAUCUCCAGUAGCGUGUGGAUCGGGCUUAAUGACAGAGCGGAAGCAGGAACUUACGUGUGGAAUGAUGUCGGAGUUGACCAGUUCAGCAACAAGGCCACGUACUUCCGAUGGGAUACAGGUGAACCUAACGAUAAGCACUAUGACCGACUUCUGCCAAGGUGUACUGGCGAGGACUGUGUUCAGAUCAAGAUGUGGAACAACACAGUAACUUGGGCUGAUCUGGGCUGCGAAACCAAGCUGCCUUACGUCUGCGAAAAGAGUCGAGAUCUAUAUCUCAGCUUCGCCGCGUGGAUCGCCAUUUCGAUGGGUGCAGGUCUCGUGAUCAGUAUCGUAGCGGCUAGAGGCUACAUGGAGAUGAAGUCAAAACGAGGCAAGAAGGAAGUCAAGCAGAUGAUCAGCGAAGCAACUAAACCAGAGAGCACGUGACCAGUGAAGCAACCAAGCCAAUGAGCACGUGACCAGUAAAGCAACCAAACCAGUGAACACGUGACCAGUGCAGCAACUAAACCUGACAGCACGUGAUCAGUGAUGCACUUGAACCAGAGAGCACGUGAUCAGUGAAGCAACUAAACAAGAGAGCACGUGAUCAGUGAAACAACCAAACCAGUGAGCACGUGACCAGAGAAGCAACUAAACCUGAUAGCACGUGAUCAGUGAAGCAACUAUACCAGAGAGCACGUGAUCAACUCUCGUGAUCAGUAUCGUAUCGGCACGAGGCUACAUGGAGAUGAAGUCAAAACGAGGCGAGAAGGAAGUCAAGCAGAUGAUCAGCGAAGCAACUAAACCAGAGAGUACGUGAUCAGUGAAGCAAUCAAACCAGAGAGCACGUGACCAGUGCAGCAACUAAACCUGAUAGCACGUGAUCAGUGAUGCACUUGAACCAGAGAGCACGUGAUCAGUGAAGCAACUAAACAAGAGAGCACGUGAUCAGUGAAGCAACCAAACCAGUGAGCACGUGACCAGCGAAGCAACUAAACCUGAUAGCACGUGAUCAUUGAAGCAACUAAACCAGAGAGCACGUGAUCAACUCUCGUGAUUAGUAUCGUAGCGGCACGAGGCUACAUGGAGAUGAAGUCAAAACGAGGCAAGAAGGAAGUCAAGCAGAUGAUCAGCGAAGCAACUAAACCAGAGAGCACGUGAUAACUGAAGCAACUAAACCAGAGAGUACGUGAUCAGUGAAGCAAUCAAACCAGAUAGCACGUGAUCAGCGUAGAAAAUAGACCACGUGUGGCACGAACUAUCUUUGGGUCGAAUACUAAUAAUAAUACCAGUACUAUAAUUGAGCGUGAAAGGGGAACUGCUGAAGACUUUCAAAAUGACAUUGAUUUUGUUAGGGAGCGGUCAUUAAUUACUGGAGGGGGGGGAAAUAUGCAACUAAACCAGAGAGUACGUGAUCAGUGAAGCAAUCAAACCAGAUAGCACGUGAUCAGCGUAGAAAAUAGACCACGUGUGGCACGAACUAUCUUUGGGUCGAAUACUAAUAAUAAUACCAGUACUAUAAUUGAGCGUGAAAGGGGAACUGCUGAAGACUUUCAAAAUGACAUUGAUUUUGUUAGGGAGCGGUCAUUAAUUACUGGAGGGGGGGGGAAAUAUGUAGGGGGCUACGUUUUUUUUGACGCAGAUUUAGGGGGGCUCACACUUUUUUGGGCUGUCAUUAAAGGGGGGGUCACAUUUUUUUGGGUGUCGGGUUUAAGUCUGGUUUUAAUUUAAUACGAGCAAGAGAGUCAUUGUUGAAAAGAAAAUUGUAUUCAGUUCACAAUGUUUUCUACUAUUGUAUAUCUAGUUCCAUAUUGUUCAGGUACCUCUCUUGUCUUUAAAUAAAUAAAUUUUGAGAAACCUU